GGACUAAUCUGCUCCGGCAACGAGCACGGCCCAUUCGGCAUCGCAUGGCCUCGUCAAGGUGACAUUGCGUCCGCCAACUGCCACUCGGAGCUGUGGUCUUUCAAUGAGGACAGGUGCUUCGCCCCGGUCGAUGCGAAGUGUGUUAAGGUGACAAGAGUGACGUGGGCUUGU